UGUCAUUUGAUAUAUGUUAAAAAGGGGGAAAAAAACUGUUUUCACUUCAAAAUAUUCUAAAAAUCACAAUGCAACUGAUUCUGGCAAAGUGGAAUUCCUUUUAUCAGCAUAGCAGGUUUGUCUUCUCUACAGUCUCAGUCAACAUUUACCCAAACGUACUAUUCUGUAGGUUACAGAAGCCACUGACAAAGAUUAUGUGCUGAUUAUUGGAUACCCCCUUCUCACAAAAUUAGUUACAACUGUUGUUUGGCUAAAAAAAAAUAAAAACACACAGCCACUAUAAGAGAAACCAUUCUGGGCUAAGCUUACUACCUUGUUUUAAUAUUCAAAGUUCAAGAAUUGGGAAUAAAAGAAAAUACCAAGUUACUAUUAGUCAUGGAAAGAGCAUUGGAAUGGUUAAGGCCACUUGUUGAUUCCAAGAAUUGGGAAUAUUGUGUUGUUUGGAAGUUGGGUGAUGACCCUUCAAGGUUUAUAGAAUGGAUGGGAUGUUGCUGUUGUGGAGCUAAUGGAGUUGAUUUCAAUGUGAAGAAAGAAAAUGGUGGAAAACAGAAAUUUACUACUCUGUGUAAAGAUAGCCAAAAGCAGCAUCCUAUUAGAACAAAGGCUUGUGAGGCUUUGGCUCAUUUUCCUCUUUCUAUUUCCCUUUAUGCAGGGAUUCAGGGAGAGGUUGUAACAUCAAAUGAACCAAAAUGGAUUAAUCAUGCUGAGAUUUCCAAUUCAAAUUUGUCACAUUACCCUUGGCAGGAACUAAAGGGUACCUUGGUGUUGAUCCCAGUUGCUGGUGGACUGGUUGAGCUCUACAAUUCAAAACUGAUAUAUAAAGAUCAAAAGACGAUUGAUUUCGUUAUCAAUCGCUUCAAACUUGGUUCAGGAGAAGCCAAUAGUUCCACUGCAACGAAAGAAGAUCAAGCUCAUGAUUCCUUUCCCUAUGAGAAAUUGAACUUUUGUGCUCCUCCCCCGCAAUAUACUACAAGUUUUCCUUCAAGUGCACCUCAUAUUUCUCAAGUAUCUGAAUUUAGUCCUAAUACUAGCUUUCAAGGAUCAUCCACUGGUUCCAUUCCUUCAAAUGAACUUACCUUGUGUCAUUCACCUUCUGACCAUUUAUCGAGAAAUGUACCUUUAAGCCAAUCUAUUGAAGGUUAUUUUGAGCACACAGAGCUUCAGUGCAGUGGAAACUUGUCAAGAAUGGAAGGCACUGGUUUGCCUUGGAAGCAAGAAAACUAUAUGAUUGCAGCAGAUAUCUUCGCAGUGGGCAAGAAAAGACAGAAAGGACCUUAUCAGUCGAAGAAUCUUGUCACGGAGAGAAAACGAAGGAACAGAAUUAAAGAUGGUCUUUUUUCUCUUCGAGCUCUAGUUCCCAACAUCUCUAAGAUGGACAAAGUUGCAAUACUUGGAGAUGCAAUCGACUAUAUAAAUGAAUUGCAAGAAAAAGUGAAGUUAUAUGAGGCUGAACUCAAUGAAAUAGAAGCAGAAAUUACCAGCAAUGGAACUACUGAAGUGGUUCUAUCGGACAUGAGUGAAAUGUCAAAAGUUACUGAACCAACAAAUGAGAAAAAACAAAUUUCAAUUAAUACAACUGAAAGGGCAAGAAUUGAGGGGCAGGUAGAAGUGAACCAAAUUGGUGCAAGAGAGUUUCUGUUGAAGGUCUCUGGAUCACAUAAAUCAGGAGGAUUUACUCAGUUGGUGGAGGCUAUGAAUUACUUAGGACUUGAUGUAGUAAAUGUGAGUUUUACCACUUCCGGAGGAGAGAUCUUGUGCAUUUUCGUAGCAGAGGCAAAUGUGGACGGAGUUCUUGAUGCUCAGAAGGAAGUGCUUUGGACUGGAACGAGCUGAAGAGGGGAAUUAAUUGGCAAGAAAUUGAUGCAAGAAAAAUUUGAAGCAUGCUGACAAACCCAGGGGACAUCCACAUGCUCGCAUGGCGGCUAGACUAGCCUGCCAAGGAUGUUGGAAGCGUUGCAAAACAGUUAAGUCCUGCAAAGCCUAUAACGAGCAGAAUUGAUGUUUUGGGCGAGGAGGUGCUCGUCAACCUCCUCGCGUCGCGAGCUACUAGAAGAGCGACUCCAGUUUUUUGUGUCCGAUUUUGGUUUGGCAAGGGAGACCUCCUACAUACCUUAGGUCAUAUAUAAACCCCAAGAAACAUCUUUUGAAUGGUGACACAAUACUUUUGGCAGCAAGAAAUGCAAGGAAUGGAAGUGAGGGGAAUUUGAUAGAGUACACAAUGCAUGAAUUAGGCUGAAUUGUAUUUACAUUGUUUGGGCUACAUUUGUAUUGGGCCCAAUUUUAUAUCUGCACACUUUGGGACCUGGCCCAUGUCCGGAUAUUUUCUUUGUUUGUUCCGUGUAAGUA